AUGCAAUUUGUUGAUUAUAAAGUUAAAUUAGCAACUCGAAAAGCUUGCAAUACUUCUAAUUGUCCUCCUAAACCUAAACAUAUUCGAACAAUUGUUGUCAAAAGCUUUUCAGGAGGUGUACCUUCAUUUUAUUCAGAACUAACAAAAUGGAUUUUAUCAUUUAACCCAUUACAACAAUACAAAUCUUUAGUGACUUUACACCGUGUUCUUCGAGAUGGUUCUUCUCAAUUACUUGGGGGUUAUUUAGAUGCAUUUCUUCCAACAAUUAAUCGAUUGGUUAAUACCCCACAACAAUUAAAUGCUUAUUACGCCUUUCAACAAAUAAUUAAACACUAUGCAAAAUAUAUUCAAAUAAGAUUUGUGUUUCACCAAAAACAUCGUAUUUUUACUGGCUCAUUAUUAGUUCCUCACGAAUUACCAGAGGAAUAUUAUUCUGAUCAAAAAACUCUUUCAGUUCUAUCUUAUAUGAUGGAUUUAAUGGAUUAUUUAUUAGUAAUUCCUUUGCCAAUAAUUCAAAAUUAUAUUGGGGAUAAUUGCAAAAUGGAUUGUACUAUUCCUCUCAUUCUUGAUUCUUAUAGCCUUGUAAAAGACAUUACAUUCUUUUUGACUAACCUUGCACAUAUUGAACAAAAUCAAUCAGUUUUUACAUUUUUAUAUGAUCGUUUCACUAAAACUUAUUCAAAAUUGAACCAACUUUAUUCAGCAGCAAAAAAUAAUGGUUAUAUUGUUUCGUUAAUUGAAGUUCCUAAUCUUCCCCCACUCCCAACGUUUAAUGUUAAUGACGAAGAAAGAAAAUUAUACUUAAAGAAACACCCUCAUUCUAUCACUAAAAAUAACCAUCUCCAAAAAACAUUUCUUCAUCAAAAUAAUAAUAAUACCAAAGAAAUACUUGAACUUGGAAACCAUUUUUCACAACAACUUUCAAAGUUAUUUGAUUUAUUAAUUCCUCCACAACUAUCUUCAGAAGAUCCAGAAUCAAAAUUAGAAACAAUGGCUUCUUGUUUAAUGCAAGAGCUACAAAAUCCUUCAAAUCUAGAUGAUAUAAAAAUACACAUUUGGAAAACUUUAAUUGGAACAAAAUAUUUAUUACAACAACGAAACUUAGAUUACGUUGAUGCAAACAAUAAUGGAGAAAAAGUUAUUAAUGAACUUUAUGAUCUACAAUCUAUAGCAGACAAAAUAAAAGUCUCAUUUCAAAUGAAUGAGGGGUAUGAAGAAUUACAAAAAUAUAUUGAAGAGUUUGUUUCAAUUCUUUCAUCUUCAUCUGCCAAUACUAGUGAAACUACACCUACAAAUCAAGACAAUGACUUAGUUUUGUUUGAUUAUAUAGGUGAUUCAAGUCAUGAUAAAGUCAUUCAAACCUCACAAGACGAUUUCAUUGAUGAACAGUCUUUUAACUCAUUUAUACCCCCAAACUUACAAAACCAAGAAAAUAGCUCUAAUGAAGAAGAAGACUUCAGUAUUGUUCUUAAUCAAAUUAAUGAUCAAAUUAAUAAAAUUGAAGAUGUGAGGGAUGCUUUAAAGAAUUGUAACACUAAUGGAAAUGAAACAAUUAAACGAUUUGGCGAUUCAACACAAGGACUUAUAGACUUUAUUCAAAUAGCUGGAGAGUGUGAAAAAGAACGAAUUAGAGAAGGAAAAGAAAAAAACAACCAAACAUAUUCUAAUAAUGAAGUUUGGUCAGAAGGGUUAUUGAGUUGUGCCAAAAAAAUAGUAGAAUGGGCACAAUAUAUUAGUUCUGCUUUAAUGAAUGGAGAGCCAGAUGAACGAAUUUUAGCUGGGUUAAAACAAUUUAAAUCACAUUGCUCUCAACUAUUAACUGCUGCUCGAGUGAGUAUGGAAGAUCAGUCUCCUCUUCUUCAAAGAUUAGAAAAAAGUUUAUGCUCUCUAAUGAGUCAAAUUCAAAAAAUCAUUCAAAACAUUUUAUCAAGAGAGCAAGAACAACGCCAAGAAAUUAAGGAACAAAAUAAAACCCAAGACAAUGGAAUUGAGAGUAAAAAAGAACUGAUGGAAUCUCAAGUUCGUGUUCUUCAACUUCAGAAAGAAUUAGAAAAAGCUCAGAAUCAUUUAUAUUCGUUAAGAAAAGAAGAAUACAAUUAA